AUGAGGAGCCUGAGCUGCGUCCCGCUCCUCUUCCUGCUGCUCUCCACGGGGGAUUCUGCAGUUAUCACUGGGGUGAGAGGGGCAGCCUCUGGGGCGAGGGAUUAUCGCCACCAAAUAGACUUGGCAAAGGGAGUGGAGGGGUGGGUGGGGGGUGACACCUUGCACGAGAAAGGAAGGAAUGGCGAGACACGAGUUAACCCCGACGGUUGGAGCGGGCGAGACAAGUGCGCGCCUGUGCGCCCUUUCUGCCGUCUGAGCCUGGUGGCUAUUUUGGCGGGAAAUCCGGGAUUGGCUGAAAGCAGCACCACCAGCCGAGACGGGCUGGCGGGUAGGCGAGUGCUUUCGAGUGCGAGAGGCAAGAAUGGCUUUGAAGUGUGCUGUGGGGGGUUUUCUGUGGAGGAAAGGACCGACGAGGCGCGCUUUUGGGGAGGCGUUCGCCUGAAACGAGUUGCUGAAGUUUAUGGGGUGAGGCGUGCCUGAUCCUGAGGCUUUGUGUGCGUGCCUGGUGGUAUCCGGCUGUUGUGGGGUGGCUGGAGCUUGCCCCCUGGAGGAUUAUGGCUGUUCUGGGGAAAGAGGGUUGGGACGGGAGACAAAGGCGCGCUCAUGGCAGUCGCCUCCCGCACUGACUAUCUGCUUUAACUGGCUUGUUGUCUAAUUUAAGGCUGGGGUUGUCCCUGGGCGGGAGUUGGGAGCCAGCUGCCCUUGCGCCGUCGCAACCUGUAACUCCAAAAGCUUCCCCCAGCUGCGCUCAGUUUGGAAGUUGAGGCAACUGUGGAGAAGCGGUUUUUUUUUUCUGGAUUCGAUACUCCUGUGCUGAGUUCCUCAGCAUCUUCCUUCCUCUGUCACAUUUAAUUUCUCAUGGCAGGGGAGAUGUUCACUCAGCUCCAGAGUCCGGGAGAGAUUCUCACCUACGUCCACCCCUCUCCCCCUUUCAAAGAGGCGUUUUAAACGAUUCGCAACUCCCUGUUGUCUUGCCAAGAAACUUUUUAUAUAAGUAAUCGAUUGUGGGGAAGGACGACAAGAAGAGCCUGAGCAACACUUUGCAAGGUUCAUUUACUCUUAAAAGCUCCAGCCAGGUAUUUCAGCUUACAGAAAGACUUUGAAAUCAAAGUGACUUUAUAAUAGCCACAUUUUUCUGUGGCUGGAGGGUGGAUAGGCUGCAAUACUUUUAGCUUGUUAAGAUUUUCCCUACUUCUUCCUCUGCUAAGGGCUUGGCUAUUCCUUACAAAGUGUUGUUAUUGACAGAGGUUCUCUAAACGCAUUUUUAAAAACUGCUUUAUUUAACAAUUGUCUUGGCUCUCUACUUUAACUGCUCUAUUUUCCCCCUGCUUUAGUUUGGAUCCAUUGUGCCUUUGAUCUUGAACCUGUUUCAUUGAAUCUGUUUUCCUCCUGCAGUUUGAUUCACUGUUAAGGUCCAGGUGACAGAAGGAAAAAGAGGAGCAGGAGGGACAGGAUGGAAGCUAACAAGUUGCAAGACUUAUAUGACAUACUGGCAAUGCUGAUAGAUUUCUAGCACCAUGAAGGAAAUUAGGCUCUUAAACUAAAUGCUGCACAGAUUCCUUCAUUCAGUACAAAAUACUACACUUAAUAGCAGGUCUCUUCAAAGGUGCUUAAUGUGGCAUUUUUAUUAUCCUCUGCAAUUUGGCACUUGGCUGGAACUUAUGGCAAGACUCGGUAAAGGAGUACAGGAACAACCUCAUGUCCGGUUCCUCUAAUACUUUCUAUUUUAUUUUACAAUUGCAUGAUACUUUAUUUUUACAGGUGUAAAUACAAUUUCAAAGAAAUUAGCUAAAUGACCACUUCUAUAUUCGGGUGGCGUAUGAUCCAGCCUAUGCUGGCUUGUGAACGAGGUAAUCCAGUGGUAGAAGCAGAGAGCGAAUCUUGCAUAUGACAGCAGCGUGUGCAGGAAUAAUUUGACAAGAAACUGAAUUGUAUCCUAGAAGUCAGGUUCCCCUGACUUCUCCAUUUGUAUUAAUGAAAUAAUAAAAGGAACAACUGUAAUUUAGAGUAAUAUUUGUGUUUGGGAUAAAUCUCUUUUCUUUCUCCCUGUUAAAUAUACACAAUCUGCAUAAUGCUUGAGGGCAGUCAAUACAGAUAUGCUGAUUUCUGCACAUAUCAUGUUCUUAAUGCUUACUCAUUCAGCCUGCAGCCUACAUGCUGCUUAGAGACUUUGGUAAUUCAGGGGUAAAUAAAUAAAUAAAUUCUAAAGAAAGCCCCUCUUUUAAAUCUGUUGUUUUUCAUAAUGAAAUGGUUUGAAGCUUACCUUCUUGUCCUUCAGCUCGAAGCACCUAGGUAGCAUAAGCCCUCCACACCCUGGGAAUUAUCCUGAGAGGAGGUGUGUAGGGACCAGACCUCUGAGAACAUCUUAAGAUGUGUGAGGAGGCUCCUCAUUGGCCUUGAGACUGAGGGAGGGGAGAAAAUAAACAGAGCAACCUACCCAAGGCAUCCUAGGAAAGGAAGAGACACCUGGAGUUAGAGCUAUUCUUCUAGAAAAAGAGAUGCCAGAACCCACCAUGAAUGCCAACCUCCUCUUAAAAUGGCAAUGGCACCCACCUGAGAGGUGCUGGUACCCAACUGAGAGGUGCUAGAAAUGAGUUCUGCCAAGUUCUGGCUGAAUAAAAGCCCUGCCUGGACUAAGUAGAAAGGGCAAGAUGAAAAGGUCAAAAAAAGGACUUUUCAUCUACUGCUUUUAGCCUUUUCAAAUUACCCGCCUGGUCUCUAUCUGAAAGCAGAGAAUUUCUGUGGCAGCAAUCUACAGUGAAGAGCUCUGUCUGGUAGUUUAUAUUGAGUGUUUUUUAAAAACAAAAAAUAAAGUAAAAGUGCAGCAAUUCUUGCACACAUAGGAACGUAUCUAGGAUUUAACUCUGCCCUACAAAAUGAACUAGUGAAUAGAACUGAAAUUUCUACAAUGUUAAGAAUAUAUAUGAAACAUUAAAAUAUGAAAAUAGAAUGAUACCAGCUAAAAUCCAGUUAAUAUUUCAGUAUUUAGCAAUUAAUAUUUUAUACAUAUCUUAGGAAUUGGUUUUGCAUUUCCUUCCCUAUUGACAUGUAAACUAACAUAACCUUGUGCCUCAUCUCUGAAUUCAAAAUAAAAUUGUAGUAAUGACUUUGAGUAUUACCAUACAACCAGUUUUUUUAAGCUACCAUCUAUUAUGUAAAUAUGUGCUCUGAUAUCAAUUUUCUUAUUAAAAUUACAUAAUAUUUAUGCAGUAGAGUAGAGUAUAAUUAUAUUCAUAAUGAAAUAUUCUAAAGUGAGCAUUUGUUUCAGUGGACAGUAAUGUUUCCCUCAGAGCCAUUAUCUGUUCAUAAACACUUUCCUGUGAAUCUGCUUAUUUAUGAUGCCAUUGCUCAGCAGAAUCUUAUAGAGCUUCACAGUCCAAGUAUUUGAAAUGAAACAAAAGCAAAGUUAUUUUUGCAGUGCAGUCCUAACCAUGUCUUCUCAGAAACAUGACCAACUAAAUUCAGUGGGAUUUGCUGCCAGGUAAAUGGGGUUAGAAUUAAAGCCAGAAUGUAUUCCAUGAUUUCAGUAAGGCGGGUGUGGGAAACCUUUGGUCCUUCAGAUGUAGCUGACCUCUAACUUGCACCAUUGCUAACCAUUGGACAUGUUUGCUGUGGCUGAUCAGAAUUGUAGUUCCUCAUCAUGUAAAGAGCCAACGGUUCCCCACAUCUGCACUUAGGGCAUUUUCAAAUCCACUUUGGUAUUAAACUGAUCUUAGUCCAAUCUUGGGGACACGGGUGGUGCUGUGGGUUAAACCACAGAGCCUAGGGCUUGCCGAUCAGAAGGUUGGCGAUUCGAAUCACCGCGACGGGGUGAGCUCCCGUUGCUCAGUCCCUGCUCCUGCCAACCUAGCAGUUCGAAAGCACGUCAAAGUGCAAGUAGAUAAAUAGGUACCGCUCCAGCGGGAAGGUAAAUGGCGUUUCCUUGCACUGCUCUGGUUCGCCAGAAGCGGCUUAGUCAUGCUGGCCACAUGACCCAGAAGCUGUACGCCGGCUCCCUCGGCCAAUAAAGCGAGAUGAGCGCCACAACCCCAGAGUCGGCCACGACUGGACCUAAUGGUCAGGGGUCCCUUUACCUUUACCUUUAGUCCAGUCUUAGCUGACUUAUCACCUUUGUUUUCAAGUGAAGUUUCUACUAUGAAGUUGUUUUUUAUUUUAAAAUGAUAUAAGAUAAAAAAAUAUAGACAGUCUAUACUCAGCCUGUCAGCAUCUUACAGAUACAGAGGCAGGUGCCUUGUCUCAGCUUUCAUGCUAUUGUCAUGACCACGGAGUUCAUCAGCACUCCAGAUACAGAGCUGGAGGCCACAGAUGCAUCAGCUAAGGAGCCAAGUUGAGGGUUCCAAGCUUCCUACUCAUUUUCAGAAGGCCAUGGCACCUGUCAGAAACCCACAGAAGGAACUCCCAUAGCUGUAGGACUCAAGUCAGGACCCUCACAAGUGCCUUCCCUGAAGAACCUGAUACCUAUCACUGCACUUAACUGAUCCUGCAGUACAGGGAGAACACUUGGAGGGAAGCUGUGGGAUGCAGAAGAAGUGCUGGCCCUUUUAAGACUCUGAAGUUCAUUCUUAUGGUGGUUUUAGGUGGCACGUGGUAUCUGUAGGUGGCUAGCAAUAUCACGUUCUCCUUUUUGGUAUCGUUGUCAUGCUCUCCAACUUCACGGAUCUUUGUAUACAGAAACUGGCUGCUCAUGCACAACUAUGUAUGAGGAUUUGUCCAGGGAAAGUGACCUUUGAGGAGAACAAGGUGUCUGUAAUCAAACAGCACAGGAGUAGUAUACUACAACUCACCUGCCACACAUUAGCAUGGAUUUGUCUAACAGGCAUUAAAUCACCAGUCCUUAAGCAACCAUUCAUUCUACCAGUCUAGGAUUCCUGCUGAUUUUAACAUAAUAAAACAGUACAAAGACUUUUUAUUUACAAAUUAAAAGGAAACUGACUUGAUGGGCAAGGAGUUUUAGCCUGUUCUGGUCAUAACAGUAUGGAAGAGGCAAGGGUGGGAAACGAACACGCAGGAGACUUUAGAGCUUGAAUGAAUCCUCAUUUUGUCUGAAGGUUCUCCUGAGUAAAUUUUUAUAUAAAGUGUUAACCAAAUAUUUUGGGAUAGGAUGUUCAAUAUAUUUAACUUUUGAUGCCUGCCAGUCUUUUAUAGCUGACAUGUCAUGGUAUUUAGUAUAACUAUGGUCAGCAUGAAUGCCUCAGAUUAUUCCCUGAUAAAUUGUGGCCUAUGUGUGUCACAAAUGAAUAAAUACUCUAAGAAUCUUCUUUUCAAAUCGACUUUUACCAGAAAUUAUAAGAUAGACAAUGAAUAACAGAAAAGCUUUAGGCUGCAAUCCUAUUGUCACUUACAUGAGAGUGCAAUCCAUUAAAUUCAAUGGUACUUCUGAACAGGAAUGACUGGGAUAGUGUUGCACAUGUUUUUUAUGGAAGUUGUAAUUUAUUUUCUUAAAUUUCUUGUGGUUUUCUGUAAUUUUGUUCUUAGCAUUCUUAGAUUUUUGUAAACCACUAUAUACUUGCAUGAGUAAACCACUAUAUACUUGCGUGAGCAAGCUUGAUUUAGAAGAGCUUCAGUUAAUAUCCAGAGAAACAAGCUCCAAUGACUUGUUCCAUUUUUAGCUACAGAGUUAUGCCUGCUAUAAAUAAAUCAAAACAUUAAAAGUAUUCUAAUAGAAAGAAAAGAGGGCUUCUGCUUUUGUUGGACCAGAUUAAUAUUGUUUUUGUGUUUCAGAAGUGAUUGUAGGCAUCUGGUGGAGAUAAGACAGAUCUUACCUCUGCCUGAACAUUGAGACAUUGUAUUGUUAAAUAUCACAAAUAUUUGCUCUGCUAUUCUGUGGCAUAAAAGCUAAUAUAGAACCUCUUGCUACGCAUGUUUCUUUUGGCAACAAAUAAUCAUUUAACCCAUCAUCUCAUUCUGUCUGGCACCAUUCAUGGUAUAAAAUAAUUUAGUAGCCUGGAUCCAACUAAAUAAUCCCCACUGGUUUCAGUGGGGCCUUUGUGGCUGACUUUAGCUGAUGGAUCCAGAACACAGGUUAUCUUUACUUGAACUGACAGUGGUGGUUGGAGGAAAGACAGCAUGUGACAUUUGAUAUGUAGGUUCCACCUGUUAAGAUUAAAAGAUUUCCAAUUACUAAAUCUAAGGAUUUUUAAUUUAAAGAAACAAACAAACUUGCUUCAGCUUCUAAUGGGCUAUAUGACCAUGUGAAUCCCGAACCCCACAAUUUCCUUGUGUUAGCAAAGCCUCUUGAAAAUAUAGGCUUUUAGAUGUACAAUAAGAUAAUGGGGUAGUAGUCCAGUUUAUUUUUAGUAAUUUUACUUAUCUAAUACUGUGUGUCUGUUUAUUAUGUUUAAGGCUUGUGACAGAGAUCUACAGUGUGGUGGAGGCAUGUGUUGUGCUGUUAGCCUCUGGAUUCGGAGCCUGCGGAUGUGCACACCAAUGGGAACCUUGGGAGAAGACUGUCAUCCUUUGAGUCAUAAAGUUAGCAUUUUUUUCUGGUACCUUGUGUGAUACCGUAACUGACAGGGUAGAAGGAAAUAUGAAUAUAUUUUGUUGUGAGUCAAACUGCAUAAAAUAUUAUCCAUUGCAAAAGUGCAAGAACAUAUACUUUACAGAGGAAGUUUUCUUUUUAUGGAAACAGCAUCAUAAGAACAUACGCAAAUAAAUAUAUUACUGUCAGUGUUAUUCUGUAAGAGGUCUUAAGGUAAAAAAAAUAAAGUCCAAUGCUUUUCUUUCACAUUACAGAAUAUAAGCAUCUUAAAACUAUCCUUAUACUCUUGUUUCUUAUAAGUAAUCAUUCAAACCCUGCUGAUUUCCAGAGCUAUUAAUCAUUUGAGUAGGCAAAUUGUUCAGGUAAUCAAAGUACCUCAUUGCUUCCUUCCAGAAGUUGGAAUCCAACAUUGUUUUGAGUAGUCUUCUGAUCACGUGCCUUUCUCUCAUCUCCUCUGCAGCUCUCCUCAACCCUCUAUGGUAGAUUUUAAGGGUACACAAGGGCAAUUUGGGGUGGGGCAUUGCACAUGUGAUGUCAGGAUAAGGUUACCAGAUGUUUUUCAAUGAAUCCGGGGGCACUUAUUGUUCGCUACAUACAUGUGAAUCCUGAGAAAGCUGUAAAUCUGGGGACUAUCCCUGGGAAACAGGGACAUCUGGUAACCUUACAGCAGGAGUCAGAAGGAGCCUGGGGCAGAUCCGAACAUGGCAGUCACGUGGCAUCAAUGGCCAGUUGCUCCUCCACCACCACCUCCUGGUGCUGCCACCUGCAGGAAGUUGCUUCAAACUUCCUUCCCCUCAGCGGCAGGAGAAGAAGGAGCCGGCCACUGGAGCCACACUAUGCUGGGCUCCAUGCUUCGCUUUCGUGCUUUUUGAACACCCCAAAAAUAUUCAAGGUGGCCAAACACCCCAGAAAUAUUCAGGGAGGCCAAAAGAGCUCAGCCCCAGGAGCUGGCACUGCUGUUCAGGUAUUUGGGGCCUGUGUUGUUUAGCCCUUUAAACACUAACAUGAGCAUCUUAAAUUGGGCCCAGAAACAAACAGGCAACCAGUGCAGCUGUUUUAAAAGAGCAGUUAUGUGAGAUCUAAAUGGAACUCCAGCCAGUAAUCUGGCUGCUGCAUUUUGAACCACCUCUUCUUUUGGAAAUUAUGCCUGGUCUGCCUGCCCCCCCUCCCCCUGCCGCCCCCUUUUGAUAGGAGUCUGAGAAUAUAGUCCAAAAUGUUUUGAAAAUAUUAAGGUUCAUAGCUUAUGGUUGUACUCUCUUACCAUUGCUAGACUAUAUGACAAUACUCUGUUCCUAACCAUAUCCACAUUUCACUAUUGCACCAUGCACUUAGACUUACUGUACUGCUCCGCCUCUUUUUCUUGUUAAGGAUAUAGCUCAGUCUCAGCUUGUAACCUAACAAUGGAGCUCUCUUCAACCUUUAAGUAGCAUUGGCAAGACCCAACUGACAGUCUGACACUCAGUUGCUUGCUAGUACCCUAUGUACAAAUCAUUGGUUUUUCUUCAUAUUGUUGUAUCUGGGCAGACAAUGGACGGGAUAGUCCAUAAAGCUGCAAGAAGGUACUGCCAUCCUUUUUCUCCCCUAAAUACAUUCAUGCUCAUUCCAUGCAAUGAGGGGUGGAGCCAUUACCUUUCUUCCCAUUUCUUUCUUGGUCUGCUGUUAAAGAAGAAGCAGGGAAGAAUGUCACUGACUGCAUAUUCUUGAAAAUCUUGGUCUUGUUUUGUAUUGUUUCUAGCACUGGUUCUCAAAGUAUUUACUGUUCAGUAAAAUUAGUCCUUGCAAUUUAGCCUUGAAGCUAGGGCUGCCAUACGUCAUAUCCAGAAUACUGCAGCCGAUGUUCCUCAGAAAUAGCUCAAAAUCAUCCAAUUUAUUUGCAAAAAAGCUCAUAUUAUCCAUAGGGGUUACAGAAGACCAUUCAAAGUGUCAAAAUACUGACAUUCCCCAUUUGUCUGCUGGUCAGGUACAAAGCAGACAUAUUCAAUUUCUAUUUUCCCUCACUACCACACCACUGAGUUUAAACUUGAUCUGCAAGGACAAGCCUAAAUUGAAAGGCAAUUUUGUCUUCAUACUAGAUUAGCCUUGAGUGCCCUUUGUUAAAUCACACAUGGAGAGCUUGUAAAGUGGACCACCAACUGAUAUAAGCUGAUCAGAGAUCAGUAAAGGCAUACUGCUUAAAUCAGAACACAGAUUAAAUGUUAGUCUUUCAGAUAAGAUUGAGUUGCAAUUCAUUUAGCCCUGCUACCACUUCUAUAGAUUUUUUCCUUUCGAUUAAGGUGAAUAAAAUAUUAUUUGUGCAACAUUUUAUAAAGAAAAAAAUACACAACCUGAUGCUUUGACAAUAAUACUGUAAUGCAAGAGCAAAAUGCAUUGGUCUUUGAGAAGAAAAUCUGACACAAAAAAAGGUCUUGUUGACCCCAGUGAAUUGUGUUAUUCUGAUGGGACUAGAUACAUAAUUAAUCCCAACCAAUUAUUUGCAGUAACACUAUGAAACAGCAUUAUUGGCAACAGUUUUGUUUUUAGAGGAAAAUUUUGCUGUGGGUGUAUGAUUUGAAGAAAUACAUAAUACCCCCAAGCCCAUGGUUUUUAGCAAAAAGUAGGUAAACCAUACUUGUAAACCAUGUAGCUAACAUGGCACCCUUCAAACAUUGUUGAACUACAACUCCCGUCAGCCUCAGACAACAUUGUCAGUGGUCAGAGAUAAUGAGAGUUGUAGUCCACAACAUUUUGUGGGCACCACAUUGGCUACUCCUAUCCCUGCCACAGAUAUCAAACAGACUGUAGAGGUUUAUAGCAAAGCAAACAGGAACAGGAGAGUAAGGGAGUUCACAAACCUGACAAGGCAUAGAUUUUGGCAUUUACGGUUAUACGCUCCUCCAAAACUGUACUGCUUCCCAGCUCAGUUGUACAAGAGGAGAAACAAUAAUAAGGCAUUGGGAAGGGGUACGCUGCAGUAAAUAGCACCAUCCUAUUCUUUUGACUUGUCACAUGCAAAAUAUUUUGGCUACUAUAUAUACAGAUAAAUUGUAUAUACUGCAUAUACAGUUCAACUGCCUGCUUCCAUUCCCUUCCCAGUCUCAUCAAUAUGAAGCAGAUUCUGAGUCAUUCUGAAAUAAUUUUUGAAGCGUUAGCUCAAGUGUCUUCAUAUGUGUUUGUCCUGCUUACAUCAUAAUAAAAUUUGAUUUUGACUUGUGUUUCUCAUUGGCUGAAAGUGUGGCAUUGCACUGAUCUGCACAUAAUCAACUCCUAAACUUCUGACUGAAAGGAAUCCAUUUGGUUCCAUUUUGUAAAAGCAAGGUAUUCUAAAGAUGAACAGAUUUAUCUGCCCCAUUGAGAAAAAAAUUCUGAGGUGCUUAACAGAAACAUUGGGCAAAAAUAAAGUGAAACCUGCCUGUGCAGCUGGUAGGUAAGAAGAUUUUUGAGGCUCUGUGCAAUCUUACAAGUCUCAUGCCCUAUUACAAGUCCUAUGCUGCUCCUGUUGAACCCAUUUCCUUUUUUUACAGGCAAAUAUUGAGUGCUAUUUCCAGGAAAGCACUAGAAAUAUUUAUUCUCCCACAGGUACGACAUAGGUAUAUGUUCUUGGAUGAUCCUAUUGGAAGGCCCAAUCUGAAGCAAGGUAGCAUAUGUGGGAUAGCAAAUACCAACACUGUAAAACUUUGGAUUAGGUCUUUGCCAAAAGUGAUACUCCCAUUGGUACACCAUAAUAAUCUACACCAGACUUACUGCUCUUUUGAAAUGAUGGUUGUGUACACAGAGGAUCAGUUUCACAUUAUAUAGUUAAGAAUAAACACCAAGAGAGGAAGACAGGUCAGUAUACCUGUAAGGAAGAUGGGAUAUGUUUUUGGGGAUCCCUUUGAACUAGUUUAAUAUACUAGUGUGGAAACUUUAGUGUUAAUGGCAGGCACCUACUGCUGAGUUGUCUUCUUGCCUUCAUUUCUUUAACAUUAACUAUUUGUUUUCAGAUUCCAUUUUGGGGGAAGAGAAUUCAUCACAGCUGUCCAUGCCUACCUAAUUUGGCUUGUGUCUGGAUUUCUCCUAGCAAAUACAAAUGUUUACCAGAGUUCAAAAACGAAGAUAUCUUUUUCUAG